GGCAGUACACCUCACGACGUGGUAUUUGGCUGGAGCACAAACUAGCAGAAUAUGGCUUCAGCCGAGCUGCGCAAAGAGCUGGAAGAUUAUCUGAAUGCGCUGAACAUUGAGACUGUUUGUGAGGAACAUCCCGAGGUAUUCACAGUUGAAGCCAUGAUGCCUUAUGUACAACACCUUAAAGGGGCACACAGUAAGAACUUGUUUCUUAAAGACAAGAAGAAAAAAAGCUUAUGGUUAGUGACAGUCUUAUACAACAGACAAGUCAACUUGAAUGACCUAGCAAAGAAGCUGGGUUGUGGAAGUGGAAAUCUGCGCUUUGCAGAUGAAGGGACAAUGCUGGAAAAAUUAAAAGUUGGUCAAGGUUGCGCAACACCACUUUCUCUGUUUUGCGAUAAACAAGGGGAUGUAAAAUUUGUGUUGGAUUCAAACUUUGUGGAUGGAGAACAUGAAAGACUCUAUUUUCAUCCAAUGAUUAAUUCAGCCACGAUGGGUAUUAAGCCUGUAGACUUCCUGCAUUUUGUAAAGGAAACAGGACAUGAACCUACAAUUCUAAAUUUUGAUUAAAAUAGAAACCAAAGCUUGGAUAAACAGACUUGCAGCUGGCUAGAUGUAUUCAAGUUUUACAGUAACAUUUUUGAAAUUCCCAUUGCUUUCAUUGUAGUAAAUACUUCCUCUAAAUGUUUUAAAAGUUUUAACAUGGGUUCCCAUCUUUGUAUUGAUGGAAGAGUGCCACUGUUUCAAAUGUAUUGAUUACCUGCUAUAUCAUGUCUUUUACCACCAACUGUAUAAUUAUAUCAGAUGGCGAGAAUUGCUUACAAUGUAUUUAAAAGAUAUUUUCCUUUUCCAUUUUAAAUGUUCAUUGCACAAAGUUUUGCGAAAGUUUUCCAUGCGAUGAGAUAUCAGCGCUGGAAAAAUAAACAAAUUUCUAUUUUGAA